CAAGGGCUGGCCUGGCAGGCGCCGCCGCGCCUCUCCCCGAGGCGCACGCCCCGGAGGCCGCGCGCCGCCGCCAGGGCCUCGCGCCCGCGGCGCGGGGGGUGCCGCCGCGUCUGCUGCGGAGCUGCCGCGCGAUGAUUCGGAGCAGGAUUCGCAGCGCCACGACCCAGAGCCCCCCCAGCGGGACGGCGGUCGCCCUGCAGGAUCGGGAUGGUGGCGACCCCAAGCACCAGAUUCUCUUCAGUUGCAUGCAGAUCGAGGCGAGGCAGCAGGGGGAGAAGCCCGACGAGCAGCCGCAGCCAGGGUUCCACGAGCUCCUCGAGAGGCUCGCAAGUGCCCACGACGCGGAGAUUCGCAGCACGGCGGACCGGCUGGAGUCACUGCAGCGGCAGAACAACGUGUUCCGGAGCCAGUUGAUCGAGAUGCGUCAGAAGCUGCAGCAGAGCCAGCCGCCGACGAGGCAGGGCAGGUCAAAGACCCACGGCGCACGCACCUCCCCGAUGCAGUUGGAAGAGCCUGACAAGGCACCGGCUCUGCCCGGCAUACUCGAUCUCACAGCAGAUGGUAUGACAACCGCCAAUGCCGCCGAGAAUUCCGAGAGGGAUGGGGAAGAUGCCGAGGAAACGAAGGUCGAGGUUGGGCAGGAGCAGUUCCCUCCGCGGUCUGAGUACAUGAUGGGGCAUCAGGACACACUGGAAAGAAGGAACAGCUGGUCAAGCAAAAUUGUGGAUCUCCACAGCAGUGUAAAACGCCAGGGUUCGAAGGAGUCAAAUUCGCUGUCGGAUUCUUCCCUCGACAUACGGACCAGCCGACGCGCGUACAGUGGUUUGAUGGCAUCCUUUGUCGCGUCGCCCCGCAGUACCGCUCGGACUGCAUGGGAAAUUCUGGGUUGUGUCCUUAUCGGAUGGGAUCUGUUAAUCGUUCCUUUAGCAGUCUUCUGCUACCCAGUGAACAGCCUGACAAUGUCGAUGGAGUGGCUAACUCUGGUCUACUGGACGUUGAACAUACCGCAGACUCUCACUGUAGGUUACGAAGUGGGGCUCGGAAUUGUGAUGUCUCCGUCGCUCAUUCUCAGAAGGUACAUGAGGAGCUGGUUCCUGAUCGACAUGGCCACGUUAGUUCCAGACUGGAUCAUUGAGGUGAUCGACUUCGGAAACAGCAACACGCCCAUGACGUCGUGCGACACUUCGGUAGAGGGCGCAACGGCCGUGAAGCUGCUCAAGAAUUUGCGCAUCAUGCGCCUAAUGCGGCUCACCAGGAUUGCGCGGCUGAAGAAGAUCUGGCAGAUGGUGAAGGACAGGAUCUAUUCCCUCACAGUAAACAUCGCGGUGAACAUCCUUACCAUGCUCCUCCUCUUGCUGGUCCUCAGUCACUUUAUUAGCUGCCUCUGGUACACGAUCAGCGACGUCUCGGAAGGUGACAAUCGUUGGCUCGCUUACUACAACUUUGAGGGGAUGGACUGGAGCUAUGUGUACGCCACUUGCUUGCAUUGGUCGUUGACGCGGCACGAUGGCGGAUUCACUCCCGCGUCCAUGGACAUACAGCCGCAGAACUUUCCAGAACGCGUCUACACGAUCUCUGUAGUGGUCUGCGCCUUGGUGGGUUUCUCCUACGUAGUUGGCAGUAUUACUGCAAGCCUCGCGCAGCUCCGUAGUGUUACAGAGGAGGAAUCGAAGCUAUUCUGGGAUUUGCGGGUCUAUUUGAAGCGCAACGCUGUGGAGCACACUCUUGCGAUCCGAAUCCAGCGCUACCUCGUAGAUGCAUGGCGUUACCAGGCUGGCAACAAGACUUUCUCGCAGAUCAAGAUUCUGACGAUGUUGUCAGAGCAGCUCCAUAACGAGUUACUGUUUAAUCUGCACGCGGAUCAUCUGAACGUCUACCCGCUUAUCGAAGCCUUGCUGGAUGUGUCGCCGGUGACUGCUUUCAGGUUGGCGAGAACUGCCAUUUUGUCCAAGCAGUUCGCAUAUCUCGACCCCAUGUUCAUAUAUGGGGAAAAACCAAGCCAUAUGUCCAUAGUCAAGCAGGGCCGAUUCGAAUACAAACGUAUGACUUCUAAGGGGGAGGUGCUUCGUGAGAUGGUUGAUAAGGGCGAGGAUUGGAUUGCGGAGCCUGUGCUGUGGUCGACGCAGUGGUACCACUUGGGCGAUUGCGUCGCGGUGGACACGAGCAGCCUGAUCCUGGUGGACCCCCAUAAAUUCUGUGAGGAAGCCAAGCGCAACCCAGCAGCAUGGAGCCUCGUGACGACGUACUGCAGAAACUUUCUAGCAUGGCUGAACUCGACGGACUCUGACGAGCUCUCUGACAUCACCCAGGGCGAUCAUUUGGACAAGAAGGCGCAGCUGAAAAAGUUCAUGGUCGUUAUUCCCAGAGUCCUCGCCGACUGUACCGCUGAUACGUGAGACCUCUCCAUGCCGCAUGUAGGGCCCGUGGCCUUGAUGUGAUCGGCGGCACCGCAUCCCGAACAACAGGGUCGCCGACGGAACGGUGCCGCCGACAAGACCUCGGGGCCCUCGCGGUGGGCUAUUCUCGGCACGCCCGAUCUCCAUGGAGAGCGAGUUCCGAUGAGAGGAGCAAUGUGUCAUGAUACCAAUCGCAUCAUGACAUCAUUCGGAUCCUAUUCCAGCGACUCCGCGCAUGUUCCGAGUGCAAGAGGCCCAGAAGACGGAACCAGGCGCCCAAGGCACUGGGAUCCAGCUGUGAAGGCCUUAUUGUGUCGUUUGAUGUGCUUUCUCGCUGGCACGGCGCGAAGUUUGCCUCGCUCCGUAGGGCUGCCAAGGUGUACUUGUCCAGCAUGCUCGAUUCAGUGGACUUCACGCCUCGGUGCAUUCCGCCAGCGACCUUUAGAGUGCUCGCGAGGUGGCGCGUGCUGUCAGGACUUGGCCACAACGUGGAAUACGCGCAUG